AUGAUUGAAUCGAUCAAGGCAGCAGAACGACUUGACUCCCGGGGAAAGCCAACUGUGCAAGUAGCAGUUACCACAUCUCAUGGUACCUUUUACUCCCUUGUUCCCUCGGGCGCAUCAACUGGAAAACAUGAAGCUUUGGAACUUAGAGAUGGCGAUAUGUCACGAUACGCCGGGAUGGGCACCACUCAAGCUGUCGCUCAUAUUGAGACCUUACUGGGACCAGCCCUGGUUGAGCGUAAACUUGAUCCAAAGACGCAGUUGAAGGAAAUCGAUAGUUUUAUGAAACAGCUAGAUGGUACUGCUGAUAAGUCUAGGCUCGGAGCAAAUGCUAUCCUCGGAAUUAGUAUGGCCUGCGCCAGGGCAGGCGCUGCGGCCAAGGAUGUCCCAUUAUAUGAGUUCAUACGACAGGAAGCUGGACUUGAAGGCCCGUAUGUUGUUCCAGUUCCUUUCCUCAAUGUUUUGAACGGGGGAGUUCACUCUGGAAAUACCAUGGCGUUCCAAGAACUCAUGAUUGCCCCAACUGAAGCCAAAUCUUUUGCGGAGGGGAUUCGGUUAGCUGUAGAGGUCUACUCUGCACUCAAAGCAAUUAUUGCGGAUCGUUUUGGUGCUCCCGCAACUGGUAUUGGUGAUGAGGGCGGGUUUGCACCUCCCAUCUCGUCCUUAGAGGAUGGACUUGACCUGAUUACAGCGGCCGUUGAAAAGGCAGGGCAUACAGGUCGUAUCAAAUUUGCUUGUGACCCUGCAUCUUCGGAGUUUUUCGAUAAGGAAACAGGGUUAUAUGACCUUUCUUUUAAAGACAAAACAUCGAGUGACACUCGUACCUCGAAAGAGAUGCAACAGUUAUACAAAGCUAUUAUUGGAAAAUACUCACUUGUUUUACUUGAGGACCCUUUUGCGGAAGACGACUGGCCAAGUUGGACGGAAUUCAAUCGCGACUGUAACAUUGAACUUGUCGGGGACGACCUGAUUUGCACGAAUGUGGAGCGUAUAAAACUUGCGUUUGAGAAAAAAGCAUGCAAUGCAGUAUUAUUGAAACUCAAUCAAAUUGGUACAGUAUCAGAAGCCAUAGAUGCGGCUAAAUAUGCUAUCAAAUUGGGAUGGAGUGUUUUCGUGUCUCAUAGGUCUGGGGAGACAACAGAUGAUUUUAUUGCUGACCUUGCAGUAGGGCUGGGCACAGGUCACAUCAAGUCAGGUGCUCCAGCUAGAGGGGAAAGGGUUAGCAAAUAUAAUCGACUGCUUGAUAUUGAAGCUAACUUAAAAGAGCAAAAAAAGAAUGUAAUUUAUGCCGGUUUAAAUUUUAAUUAA